AUGAUGGCUGCUCUGGAAGAAACUGCUAAACAAUCGCGUGAUAAUUGUGUAAAUAUGUCAAUUCACGAACGUUUAAAUGAUGCUCUAGCAGCAAUUAAUUUUGCUAUACAAUUAUUUCCAAUUGAUGCUGAAUUUUAUUUACAAAGAAGUAUAACUUAUCGAAAAAUGAAAAAAUUUCAACAAGCAACUGAUGAAUGUUUACUUGUUUUGGAUAAAAUUGGACAUAAUGAAGAACAUGAACUUUAUUCACAAGUGCACAAACAAUUCGUUCUUAUCUAUAAUGAAUGUGCUUUGAAAUGUUUGCAAACCGGCUACUAUGAUGAUGCCAUUGAAUUAUUAAAUCGAGCACUUAUCUACUAUAAAACAAUAGCUGAAUUAUAUAUUAAUCGAGGAGAUUGUUUUUUUGCUAAAGGAAACGUUUCUUUUGCUUUGCAAGAUUAUGAACAAGCACUUGAAAUAGCACCACACAAUGGUGAUAUACGAUUACGUAUUUCUGAUGUAUUUUUUACUAAUGCUGAACAACAUUAUAAAGAAAAACGCUAUCAGGAGUCUUCCAGAGAACUAACAAAAGCUAUUGAUGUUAAUCCAUCCAUUGCAAAAUAUUACGUAUCUCGAUCACGUGUGAAAUAUUUAACAGAAGAUAUACGUGGAGCUCAAGAAGAUAUUAUUGCAGCUAUAUUAAUUAAUCCAUUAGAAGACGGAUGCAUCGAAGUUUUACCAAGAUUAUUUGCUGACACGACACUUGCUGAUGUUCUUGGUUCAUCAUUAACAAAGAAUGUUAAGGAAAAAUUAUUAAAACGACAUGUUCCAUUAACUAUUUCUUAA